UGAACAGGCUUUGCUAACCUAUGUUUCAGGCUGGAAAUCCUUUCCCGAAUGCUGUAGAACCUAUUCCACUGAUUAUGAUCGGGUGAGCCUAUGUGUUGGGAAGGCAUAUGAAGCCACGAAGCAAAGUUCUGAUACAAGGUGAAGGGGCCAGAGAACGUCAUGGGAGUUAGCCAUGCUGCAGAUAAUGGAAAGAAUCACGGACAAGCCGAGAUGGUUCAAAAAGGCCGGUGCCUAUCUGCAUCGCCAGCAGGGGAGUACUGAUUGAUUUCAGAUCUUCAACAAGCACAUAGCUGCAAGGUGGCGACGUGAGAUCACGGAGCAAGACAUCCCCGCAAUGAUUCCCCUUACUACCGAGAUGAUUGACUGGAUCAUUGAAGAGCUUCAGUACAAGGCUGAGUUCUUUCUGUGCCAAGAGAUGGUCAAGGUCUUCGAUGAGGGUAUCAUGAAAUCCGACUCUAUCGUUCCCGAAGAUCUUCGCCUAGCCCUUCUCGCGGCCGUGCGUCCACUUGAAGACUUUCCAGCCAACAAGAAAGAUUACCACCCCUCGUCGGACCGAAAAAUCGUCAAUUUAGUACAUCCGUCCCUGUUUCCGCUGGUUUAUGGCCGCACGCGGAUUUUGAGGAAUAGUGUAAACAACCUCCCCAACUUCCUGGAACAUACUGGAAGAGGUGAGAUCCUACCUGUUCCGGAUGAGAGCGGAACCCAUGCGCGCCGGCCAGAUCACUCUCCUUACCGAACCGAGGACUACAGCCGUCGAUUUCAAUGGCUUCCCUGCAAUGUUAAGAUCUACCCUGACGGCCACUGCCGCAUUGCCUCCUACAUCAACAAUCUCCGCCCCGACAUCCAUUGCACGCUUUACGAUGUCAUUGAAAAAAUCAUUACCUGUGCAGUACCCUUGUGGAAUGAGACUCUGACACCCUUGAUCGAUGACGCGUACCAAAACUUCAACCGGAUCGAUUAUAGCGGGCCUGAUAUGUCUCCGCCUGAGCCAGAGGAACAUACAGAGUCCGAAGUCGACCCUGAAAAUGAAGAGCCCAUGCCCGACGACUGGCCUAAUGAUUUGCGCCAAUGGAGAGUUUCGCACCGACUCCCUCCUCCCAAGAUCGGAGAGUUUGAACCAUUUCCCCCGGUUGAGAUUGAGGUGGACAUGAAAACUAUGUUUCAGCAACAUGGGUUGCAGGUUAUCGUCAAGUUAACCAAUAUUGAGUUAACCCCGGAGAAGCCAUCAUACGCGGGUGGGUCCUGGCAUAUUGCAGGGAGAAUGAACGAACAUAUCUGUGCAACCGCGGUUUAUUACUACUCGAACCAUAAUAUCACUCCCGGCAGAAUCUCCUUCCGCCAGCGGCUCAACUUGGACGAUGUUGUGGAGUUUUCAGAAUACGAAGGUUGCCCCUGUGAAUGGGUUCCAGGCGCUUUCGGUACCGGAAAUUUGGGUGGACCUCUCACUCAAGUCCUCGGUAGCGUGGAGUGCCGACAGGGUCGUCUUCUCACAUUCCCAAAUAUUGUCCAGCAUCGAGUGAUGCCUUUCGCACUAGCCGAUCCGACAAGAUCGGGCCAUCGCAAGAUUCUAACCUUAUUUCUGGUGGAUCCCAAUCUCCAGAUCAUUUCGACCGCCAACGUGCCUCCGCAGCAAGCGGACUGGUUCGAGGAGACUGCCCGUGCGCGUCAUGAAGUUCUUGCCAGAUGGCUGCCUACAGAGCUGCAGGAUAUGAUCCAGGAAUAUCUGGGCGGUGAUGAUCUGAUCGGUGAAAAGGAGGCCGAGGAUCUUCGAGUGGAACUAAUGGAGGAGCAAUUGGCAGUGUCCAAAGACCAAGGAUGGCUUUUCGACCACCACAACAUGCCUCCAGUCUGCAGUCACUGACCUGGUACAUCUUUGCUGUUGAUUGUCCGAUCCGCUUAAUUGUCAAGUUCUUGUAUGAGUACGUGUUUGCCAGGGACCGGUGCCGUGAGACAUGUCCUUUGUACCUAUUAU